UAAAGAUCUACUCGGCGAAGUUAUCAAUUCCAAUAAAUGUCCUAAAUCGAUGUCCUUUUUAUAAUUUUUGAUGAUUUUUUUUUUAUUAAGAAUAGCUUUUUGGUUCUCCUCCAGAUAAUUGUUGGUAAACAUUAAUGGUAAAGAAGUGUUGUAACAAACAAGUAUUGUAACAUAUUUCAUAGAAAUGCUUGUACGUUCUUUUGGGACACGGGAAUAUUUGAAAAGCGUGCAGUAUUUGAAACGUGAUGUAUAGUGGGGAGAGCUGUUUAAUAAAUAUGUGUACAUAAUCUUGUGAAUUGAGUAUAUUCUUUACCAGAAAGGUUACUUUUAUCGUGUCACAUAUACGAUUGAAUAUUUAUACACGUUCAAAACAAAUUUUAUUGUUAUUUCGUACAGUCGUACGAAAUAUUAAAAAGUACGAGUAGUAGUAACAAAUUAUGUAGUUCUGAAGCUAGGUUCAUGGUAUACAAACUCCGAACGCAUACACACUCGAUAUUUGUUACCAGGAAUGUUACGAGAGUUUCAUCUCUCCAAGGAUAGAUACUCUGUGACUGACAGAGCUUCAUGCCUUGUAUCGUAUGCCUUGUAAAUUAUGUACAUAUGUAUACAUAUGUACGUACAAGUUUAAUUCAAAUUCAAACGUGUGUUUGAUUACAUUUUCAGCUAACAUGAAAACACUGUUAUACUCGUUCGUAGUUAAUGAAAACAUGUUGAUUUACGAUGUUCUGCACAAAGAAACAGUGUAUCAUUCGGUUGUCAACGAUCUUCGGAAUUACGGGGUUAAGUACCGAUUCAAGAAGAGCAUGUUCAAAACUGAAUUGCUCGAGGGAAGUAAGCAAAUUUCGAAGAAAAUAUUCAAAACCCCCCUGUCUUAUCAAUCGUUGGAUGUCGUGAACCUGUCGUCAGGUGGUAUUGUUCAUGUGCCGGUUUUUGUUAGCCGAGCGGCUGCUUUUUUAGAGAAUUAUGCUACACAGGAAGGAUUAUUUAGAAAAGCAGGGUCACAGCUUCGCCAGAAAGAGUUGAUUGCUCGCUUGGAUAACGGUGGAACCUUGGGAGAAAAGCAUCAUGCGAUCGAUGUGGCUAAUUGUUUGAAAACAUUUUUUCGAGAUUUACCAGAACCAUUGAUUCCUCGCACGUACCACGAUUUGUUCGUACACUGUGCUAUGCUCAAAGCUUACAGAGUGGAAGCAUUAUUAUUGGCUUGUAUUCUUUUACCACCGCAUCAUCUUAACACCUUGGCAUUUUUUAUGGAAUUCCUACGAAAAAUAUCGCUGUACGAGAAACAAAAUAAAAUGGGCAUCGAUAACUUGGCGAAAGUAAUUGGACCAAAUAUAAUGCCUCUGCAAGAAACUACUAUGUCUGCUGUGCAGAUGCGUCUUGAAUUACAUUUGAUCGUUGUAAAGACUUUAAUUGAGAAUGCCGAGAGUAUCGGUGUCUUACCGGUUCAUAUAGCGCGAGCCAUUUCAAUGGAAACAAUUGGAAGUACUGAUAAUGAGUUAGACGUGUCUGAUAGUCAUUCACGUUUUAAGUCAAGGAAAAAGAAACAUCGCAGUGGAAGCCUUACACGUAAGCCACACCUAAGUGCCUCCAACCUCAAUCUAAGAAUGUUUAAUGGUUUAAAGAAGAUGGUUGGCAAAAGUAUUGUACCUGACGAAAGCAAUGUAUCAGAUAACCAACGGGUUCCUGAAAAUUAUGAUUCAACUAGCGCAUCGACUGCUAAACCCGCGAAGAAAAGGAAAGUAGGUGAACGACCGGAUCUGUCGAAUACAAAGAAAAAGAGAGUUGUAGAUAAGGUGGACAAAUCUAAAAAACUGCGACUUAGUUUGGAUCGUUUUGUACCAAGGAAACCGAAAACUGUCGAUGAAAAUCGAGAAUCUGACACAAAACAUUUUGAUACCUACGUAGAACGCCGUUGGAGUUCUGUACCCAAUACAUGCGAUUCGCAAAAAAAGUAUCGGCCGUACAGCGACGACGCGUCGCAAUUAAAAUUAAUUUUAAAAGACAAUGAAGUAACGAGCGAACUCCAUAAGAAAUACAACGAUUUAUUCGUUGACGCGGAUGUUAAUUUAUCGGAUGAUAGUGACGAGCAGGUCUUGUUAACGAAAGAAGACGAUAUUAAUAUUAGCAAAUGUUCUAGCUCGGAUGAGUUGAAAGUGUUAGAUAACUUUUCGUACCCAUCGAGGACAAGAUUAACUUUAAAUAACUUUAAAACGUUUUCGCACAUCGAGGUCUCGUCCGUGAACAAUCAAUCCGAAGAGUAUGUUACGAUACCGAAAAGCGAAUACGAAGACAUUAAAAAUAGAGUUUCUGCAAUCGAGUCUCGUCUCUCCCAAGAGUUUGCUUGUGUAGAUAACGAGAAAAAUAUUAGUUUAUCACCACCUUCUGUGAAAAAAGUACAAACCGCGUACGAAAAAACUUUGGAGGAAGCUAGUAUAGAAAGUACAGCGAGUACGGAUUAUUUAGCUAGAAAACUUGGGAAGGAGCUUAAAAUCCGAAGAUCUGGCGAACAUAAAAUUAUAAGAUCGCCCAGUGCCCGGAAGAUAGGUAAUUUAAGAAGAAGAUCGCAGGAGAGAACUAUGAGCAAACGCGUGAAACGGACUGCUUCAUGGCACAUUUCUCACGGAUCGUGCUCGCACAAACAAGUAUCAUCCGAUCAAACGUUCAAUAAUGGUUAUCAUCAGAAUGGUGAAACCUUUUUGGGUUAUAAUAAUGUCGAGGCUUAUUUAAGACCUGUGUCCACUUCACUUUGGCAAGAAGAAAAGAAUAAUGUUCUUUUAAAUAAUAGACACGAAGAAUUCAAUUAUUUAAAUUCUUACGCGACAAAGCAUGGCCUAACGUCAACGAUUGAAACUGGAGUGGUUCAACCAAUAAAGAAUAGAGCACACACACACGUCCGGCGAGUGUCGUCUUUCCAUGGUAACGAACUGAUGAACGCUGCAAAUAUUUUUUCCAACGAGAAGAUUGAGAAAUUGAAAAAAACGAAUAGUCAGCAAAAUAUUACUUGUAAUACACCUACUAUCGCCGCGUUAUCUCCCAAACUUGAGUGGAAGAAAUCAACCACAUCGUGGAAAGAUGCUGAAGGAUAUUUUAAAUUGACAAAUCAAACGAACACCCCUGUGAAUCAAACUGGUCGCGCGUCGAUCGCUAAAUUAAGAACUCAGAAUGCUGGAAUGGUAUUGGCUAAAGCAAAACUAUUCGACGAAUGUACAGCCAAAAUGUUCAGUCAUAAUGUGUUAGUGCAUGAAAAAGAUAAAUGGCUUACCGCAAAUGAUGAUCAAUUUACAAAUGAUUGUUCAGAAGAGAAUGAUUCAUGCCAGAAGUCAAAUAAAAAUGUAAAAAGUAGAAGUGCAGAGAGUAACGGUAAAAUUUAUUAUUCUUCGGAAGAUUCCGAAAUCAAGGUUAAUACGCCAAGUAUAAUAACGAAUACGCAAGUUGAUGUUGUAUCGAAUGUAGUACAUCACCAGAAAGAAAAUGUAAAAACACCACCCGUGGUGAAACACGGAUCUUCUAAUGCGAUCUUGGAUGAGUCUAGAUUAAAUUCGUAUAGACCUAGUGGCAGUUCGCUUUGUAGAACUCCACAUAUUAAAAAACCAUUAGGCAUGAAGACACCAAAAAGUGCUAAAACAUUAGUAAGAAAACCUUUGGUAGAUUCUCGCAGAACACCGUUAAAGGCUGUUAGUCAAGUAGGAACUCCGAAAUAUCAAAGUCCCAAAGGUAUCUUGAAGACACCGAGAACUAUUAGGCAUAUCUAAUCUGUCAAUGUACAAAUCUAUUAACAUGCCGAGUGCCGAAAAUCAACUACCUAAAAUUCCCACAAAAUCAAAAUAAUAUAAUUAACGAAACUGAAAUUAGAAAUAUUUCAACUCUUUUGCAUUCUGAAUAUCGUAGUAAAAUUCACCUCCUUGGAAAAUAUCAAUAAAAAAACGAAUUUUGUAAUGCAGUCGAAAAUCAGUGUCAUCUGUAUGUAAUCGACGCGGCGCUCAACGUGUUAAAAGCGUGUUCAAGUUAAUAUGCUGUCAAGCUUUUUUACAGAUGCGAUUUACACCAUAGUAUAAACCAUGAUUCUAAAGUACAUACAAUAAAAGCAAUUAUAAUGUAAACUUAAAUACAAAAACAAUAAUUUUUUUUACUAUAUUUACGGUGUAAGUGGAUUUAGAUGUAUCACAGUAUUUUUUUUUAGUAUAAACAAGCUAUAUACAUAUAUUAAAGAUCGAUACUAUUUUCAGUAUGUUAAUUAAUAACUUGAGCAUGUGAUAUUGUAUAGUCGAAUAAUCGAAUCAUUUUACUGCAAUAUCCACAUAGGAGAAGUUUUAAAAAUUUUCAAACCCCAUAAAACGAAUUUUCCGUGCCUUUAAUUACAUCAAGGAGUUUCAAUCGGAAGGAAUUUCUUAUACACAUUUUGUAUUGCACUUUAUAUAUAAGUAUAAUAUGUCCAAUCAAGUACAAAAAUUAUAUCUUGUUGAUAAUUCGAAUAUCACUAUCUAGUAGUAUGUAUGUACUCCUAAAUUUGUGCCAUGUAUCUCAACUGUGUUCAUGUAACAAUGUUCCGCGAGAUUUUAAUAAAAUCAUCAAUAUAUAAAAUAAA